UUCGGGAUUCCGUAGAGCUGCAACAGGUGAAUGCGGCUUUAAAAAAAAAAAGAAAAAACAGUGAAAGAGAUAAAGUAACUCGCGGACGUCGGGAUCAGAGGCGGAAAAUGAGCCGUGGGAGAGAAUAAGGACGUUUUUCCUCCUCGAGCAGAAGCUAAAAGAAGUUUGAAGCCAGCCAGUUCCUCCAUGUGACACCUGUCAGCGGACGACGCUCUGCUCCGGAGGACAACCAUGAGGAGGAACCGGCAGAUUGACGUCAAGCGAGCCGUCGCUCUGGCCAGCGCCUUCAGCUUCCUCUGGUCCGGCGCCAAAGCCUGCCUCUUCCCCUUCCUCACCCUGUACUUCAGGCAGCUGGGCCUCAGCCCCGCGAUGACGGGCGUCGUCGUGGGUGCCGAGCACCUGGUGUCUCUGGUGUGGAGCCCCGUGGCCGCUCUGCUCUCAAAACACUACAACAAGAGGCGAGUGGUGAUCAACGUCUGUCUCGUGUCUUCUGCUGCAGUUGCUCUGCUUCUGCUGCUCAUCCCUCAUACAGACAAAAAUGCACAUGGCGCUUGUAACACAUCGAGCGUGAGAGUCAAUCCCACUCAAAGUUCGGGUGAUAUCCUGCUCACGAGUAGACCUGAGUCAUCACCGACGCAAAACAAAUCCCUCGUCUCCCAGUCUGCUGUCACUUUUCCUGCAACCACUCUUGAACAUACAAACUCUACCCGAGUUAUGACGAACAUAUCUCAUCUGGAGAACGUGUCCGUGGUCAGCGAUGCUUCAGGAGAGUCGACGACGAGCAGCUUUUCCUCGACUCCAGUGAGGAGAAAGAGGUUCGUAUCAGAGCAGCCUCAGCAGGAGGAGAAGGAGGAGGGUAGUUUUCUGGGAAGCCUGAAGAGGAUGGACGCCCACCACCAGCUCUUCUUCAUGAUACUCUUCAUCGUGUCGUUGUUGGAGUUUGUGUCGGCUCCCCUGGAGUGGACGGCGGACGACGGCCUGUAUGAGUACCUGGACUUUGCGGACGCCUCGGACCGCCACGCCAUGACCGAGCUGUGGCGUUUACUCGGAGCAGCGUGUGGCGUCGGGGGGGCGGGGUUGCUGGUGAGCCAGCUGAGUUGUGUCAUAGUGGCUCAGACGUCCAGGAGCGCCGUGCAUUUCUACUGCUACGCCAGUCUGGCUGUUUUGGUUCUGCCCGUAGCUGCCUACCUCCCUCUCUACCUGAACAAGAAGCGGGACAAAGUUAACGGUCUCCUGAAGGCCUUGCAGCUGGUGUACGCCUCCCCUCGCGCUCUGCUCUGCGUCUUCACCACCCUCCUGGUCGGAUUCGCCGGCUCGGCCGUGGAGAACUUCCUCCUGUGGCAGAUGCAGGAUCACGGCAGCAGCGAGCUGCACAUGGGGCUCUCUUUAGCCCUGGCUCUGCUCUCACAGGCGGCCUUUCCCCUGCUGGCUGCCAGAGUUUCCAAACUCCUCAGCCCAGGGAGGGUGCUCAUAGUUGCGUCUGCGAGUCUCAGCUUGCAGUGCGUCUACUACUCCUUCCUGUGGGGAGCGUGGGCUGCGCUGCCCGCACAGGUGCUGAGCUGUUUCAGCAGCGGUGCUCUCUGGUGGGCCGUGAAGACCCAGUGCGAGGACGUUGCCACGCCUGGAGCCGAGAGGAGCGUGUGGAGGGUCUACAGUUCUUUAUCUCUGCACCUGGGAAGUGGACUUGGCAGCGUUGCGGGAGGGUUCGUGGUGCAGAGGUUCGGGCUGGCGUGGCUGUUCAGGGGAGCGGCGCUGGUGAUGACGGUGUGGUGCGUCUGUCUGCCCCUGCUCCAGUGGAAAGCCCCCCGCCAGCGCCGCAUCAACUACUCCCGCCUCCUGGCGGCCGACGCAAGCGAAGCCAGCGACACUGAUUCUGAUCAGGAGAGAGACUGGUUGGACAAGGCGAUGGAAGACGACAGGAGCAACAACAACAACAACAUCAACCGGGGACGGAGCGCAAUCCACUGAGCUCCGCGGUGUGUGAGCAGGACAAUGACCAGAUUUGAUAAACUUGUGAAUUCUGCAAAACACCCGUCGAUCUUUGAUUUACAACAACUUUAAAUACAGCAUAAAUGUUGACUUGUCAUUACUUUUUAAAUCACAUCUCAUCCCGUCUGUGCCAUCUGAUGGGUUUUAGGUAUUCCCCGUCCUUUGACCUUCCCGUGCCUUGUCUCGUGUAUCUGCAUAAGCGUUUGUCAUUUUGAUAAAGCAAACAAGGCAGCAGGAUAAUGAGUGAACAGAUAAAGGAACUUCACACCUGACACCUGACGACUGCAACAACAUUAAGUGUCACAAGUCAAAGUCAAAGCCUCAUACAAGGAGUGUUAACACAAGGCGUGCGCACAAGCUGAGGCUAAACUGAAGCGGCAUCCUGUUACACUUGAGCACGUUGAUAUCAUGUUUGUGCCUCUUCUUUAAACAAAAGAUUAUUAAACAUGCUUAAAAAAAAGCUCUUUUUGUUUUACAUGUGUUUAAAAUGGGAUAAAUUAAUUGAGUUGCAUUAGUGUUGUUCUGCAGAACGUACCUCACAUCUAGCCAGUCCCCCUAACCCUAAUCCUAACCCUAGUAUCUUUAAGAGGAGCUUCAUCACCUUUGUACAUUUAAGUUUUUUGAGGAGAAUUACAGUUAAAACAGACCGGGCCUUUCUUAUUUAUUAGCUUCAGAUUUAAUGGUUCUGCAAUUUAAUAUUCUGUUGCCUGCAUUGAUCAGAGUCCUGCAGCUGAAGCUACUCAUGGUCAAAUGCAUAUAAAGCUGCAUGAUCAGGCAUAACAUUAUGACCACUAAUAUCCUAACAUUGUGUACGUCUCCCUUGUGCCUCCAGAAACAGUUGUGACUCAUUAGAGAAUGGACAUGGACCUUCUGAGUGUGCUUCUUGGGUUGAUAUUGUCAGUGGGGAGCUUUUGGGUCCUAUGGAUUGAGGGGAGGUGCAUCUGUGGAUCAUCCCAGAGAUGCUUGACCAGUUUUAAUGAUGGUACAAUACUAAAGGCUUUAGAUAUUUUCAUCUUUUGUCGUAUAAUUUUAAUUCUCUGUAUUUACUAGAGUCAUCUCAGAGUUGUUGCGGGUAGAACAGGCUGAUCAGAAGAUCGAGAGUCAUGGUGUGAACCUUUUAAAAUUACCUCCCAAUAACCAUGUAAACACUUGAUCUGAUUGUUUCUCUCUGGUUGGACUAAAUGAAUUCUUUCUCUGAGCACGUUUGCUCUAUCGUGGGGUAAAACAUCAGGUGACGAGUUUCCAGGAGAGGCCGAAACAAUGAGUUGUUCCUGUAAACAUGUCUCUGGUCUCUUGGUCAUCUUCUUCUAGUAAAUGAAUUUGAAGGCAGAUCAUAAUACCAGUUGGGAAGCGUCGUAUCAGUUGUAGGGGAGGUGCUCCGUCACUUAAGACCCUUGAGUAAUGCAUCUGGAACAAGGGUGAACCUUUGAACUGUGUAUAAAUAAUGGUUAAUAAUCCUUCAAUAAACCUUCUUUUGAUCGUUA